AUGCAUUGCUUACCAACUUCGUACAGAGAAAGCCAAGCAGAUGCCAACAACAACGACAAGGCAGACCGAGACAAACCAGCUGUUUUCGUCCAGCAUGAAAUGGUGGCCAGUAGUUUUGCAUGGGUGUUCGACUCCCGGAACCACAGUCUCACCUACGUGCUUGCUGAUGCUGGCUACGAUGUCUGGCUUGGAAAUAAUCGCGGCAAUACGUACUCGUCCAGCCACGCUAAGUACACGACCAAAGACACUGCGUUCUGGGCCUUUUGUGGAAAGACAUGGGCAGUUUGA